CAAGUCAAAAAAUCAUCUAGCUGCAGGUUAGUUUUCAUGCAUAAUUCAUGACUAAACUUCUUGUGUAAUUAGCUAAAGUCAGAUAUCAUUGACCAGAAAACUUUUAUUUUUGUUAAGACUAGUUGAAUAUGGUUAGCUUUGUGAUAGGUGCAACAGUGCAACAGGAAGCUUUCAUUUGACGUCGCAACUCAUUUUCAUGGGGAAAUUAUCAACUCCGAUAAGAUCCAAGUUUUCAAAGGGCUAGAUAUUAUAACAAACAAAGUCCCCGAGGAAGAUUACCCUUGUAUGUGCCAGGGAUUGCGGAUGAGAUCAAAGAAGAUUUUUACUGUCGAUGUCUUUUGCCUUCAUUUUCUAAAAGCCAUUGCUAUUUCAAAGAAUGGCCAUAUCCCAAUCAUUGCUGUUGGCUCUAAAAUUUCUAUUUGGAGAAACUUAUUGAGGAUCAAAGCAUCAACUUUUGAGAAAACUUUGAUUGCUUGCUUCAUUUGUGUGGAUGGUUUAACAGGUCUAGCAGAGGAAGUAGAAGCGAUAUUUGUUCCCGGGGCUGACUGUACCAGAGGCAUUAGGCGAGCGAUUGGGGCUCCAGAAAUGCAGAACUACGUUAUAGUUGAGAAUAAUUUAAAUGUUGAUGAGUCUACAAAGAGCAAGAUCCUAAUUGAUGCUUUUGAAGACAUUAAAAUCAACACUCAGAAAAUUGGUAGAUUCUCAGCGCGAAAAGAUCCAUCGCGCUAAGAGAUGAGCAUGGAUGGGAAAUGCAGAGA